CCAUUGUACGAGCUGCUCUCGAACCCGCGGCUGUUGCGGCGCAACCCGUUUUAAACGCGUGAUUCCUGUGAAGUGUCUUCGCCUCGUUCACCGCCUGAGACCCGGGGCCAAGCGGGGAAUCCCACCGGGCCAGCAGCGCGUUGUCAGCGGGACGAGCAGCGAGGCUCUCCCCGGAGGAAGCAGCUGGUUGUCGGCGGCGGAGCCACCUUGCGGUCCCGCUAGCACCGGAGCUAGCGAACGUUAGCAACGGCUGUUUGUGCAGCGAGAAUCCGCCGGAGCUCCGCGGGGAAACAUGCGUUUAACCGGACCCGGUUGUGUGUCCAAGUGAGUCCCCGGAGCCCGGGUAACACACCGGGGGCUAGGGUUAGGGUUAGGGCUCGACCCGCAGCCGUUAGCCGAGCUAGCUUGCGAGCUAACACCACCGGGUUGUCUUUCACAAAGGGGGGCAGAGCGUGACCGGGGAGCCGUGCUCGUCCACCUGACGCCGGCUGCUUAACCGACCCCACCCCGGGGCUGUCGUAGACCCCGAGCCCGGCUCCAGGAUGAACGGGUUCAGCACGGAGGAGGACAGCCACGACGGCCCGGCCGCGCCGCCCUUCUACGGGCAGAGCUGCUGCCUGAUCGAGGACGGGGAGCGCUGCGGCCGCUCGGCUGGAAACGCCUCCUUCAGCAAGCGGAUCCAGAAGAGCAUCUCCCAGAAGAAGCUCAAGCUGGACAUCGACAAGAGUGUGCGACACCUCUACAUCUGCGAGUUCCACAAGAACUUCAUCCAGAGCGUCCGCAACAAGAGGAAGAGGAAGACCAGUGACGAUGGAGGAGAAUCUCCGGAUCAUGAUGUGGAGGUGCCGGAGGUCGACCUCUUCCAGCUGCAGGUGAACACGUUGAGACGCUACAAGCGACACUACAAGCUGCAGACCAGACCUGGACUCAACAAGGCCCAACUGGCAGAGACGGUGAGUCGUCACUUCAGGAACAUCCCGGUGAACGAGAAGGAGACGCUGACGUACUUCAUCUACAUGGUGAAGAGCAGCAAGAGCCGCUUGGACCAGAAAGGAGACGGCGGGAAACCGUUGGACUAAAGCUUCUCCCGACGACACCCGCAGCCAUCGACAGAGAUCUAAACCCACGGUGACAAACGAGCAUUACUGAAGCUGGACACCACUAACUACAGCAGCCACCGCUAUGACAAGCUCCUCCCACAAUCCUGCGCCCCACUCCUCCUUCGCACCAGACAGUGACUCUCUCUCUGUCCUCAAAGGACGACUCGCGGAGAAGGAGGCCGAAGAAUUCAGGAUGGGGACGAGUUUUCGCUUUUCGCCCAUUUCGCCCUUUUCAGAUAAACCCCAGUCCGGGCACCUGUUGCCACGACGACCGAUCCUCUCUCUCUCUCUCUCCUCCGCAAAAAGCCGAGUCCCUAAAGACUGUCGAGGACCAGGACGCCGCCGGGUUUCCACGUCGUCACGCUGUAAUGUAACUUGUCGAUAUGUACAAAAGGAAUCACGUCCGAUCUGAAGUAACCUGGUGGAAUGAAAUGUACAAAAUUAGCGCUGCCUUAAGUGUGAAAAAGCAAAACACGUUUUGGUAAUUUUGGGGGGGGGGGUUUUCUUUUUUCUUGUCUUUGCCGAGUUGACUGUUAAAACACGUUUUUUCGCCAUCCGCGAGUAAAACGCUUGUGCCAAACAGAGACCGAAAGAAGAGUGUUGGUGAUGAAUGAGGCCGAGUGGGGGG